AUGGACAGCGACAGCGACCGCGAUGAGGCUGCACCCAAGGCCAAGCGGCAGAAGCGUUUCCGCUUCAAGACUUUCGAGCAGCGAGUGGCCGAGGUGGAUGUGGAUGUGUACCGCAGCCUGGGACCCAAGCGCGCCGAGCCGCUGCCGGGCAACACCAGCUUCUUCCAGGAGGCUCUCAACAAGUGGCGCGAGCUGUGCUCGGCCGAGCACUGGCUGGCGGCGGCGGCGGCGCUGACGCCGCUCAGCCAGAGCCUGCCGCAGCUGGUGCACCACCGCGACGAGCUGCUGGGGGUGCUGCUGGGCGGGCUGCGCAUGGAGGCGGCGCUCAGCCUGGAGCCGCUGCUGGAGCUGACCGGCACGCUGGCCAGAGACCUGCAGCAGGACUUCCUGCCCGCGCUGCCGCGCGUGCUGGAUGCGCUGGCAGACCUGGUGGACGAAGGGCUGGAUCGGGAGCCGGAGCAGCUGCAGCACCUGUUUGCCUGCCUGUCCCUCAUCUGCAAGCAUCUGGCCAAGCUGCUGGCAGGGGAGCAGCAGCUGCUGGGCGCGCUGCGCGGCACGCAGCGCCUGCGCCACCACCGCGCCGAGCACGUGCGAGCACUGGCGGCAGAGGCGCUGGGCUUCCUGUUCAGGCACGCCUCCGCCCCCGCCAUCCGCGUCGGCGUCAAGGCGGUGCUGGCGGAGGCGGCGGCCAGGCCUUCGGACGAGCGCCUGCACGCCGCGGGCGCCCUGCUGGCAGAGGCGGCCCUGGGCGUGUCUCACGGCCUGCACAGCCGCGCGUCGGCGGUGCUGGGGCAGAUGCUGCGGGAGGACAUCCUGAGGCCCCAGGACUUCAAGUCGGCAAAGAGCGCGCAGGGCGGCAAGCUGACGGCGGAGCAGAUCCAGGCGCGGCUGGCGGCGGCGGCCUCCGUGUGCCUGCAGCAGCUGGCGGAGCACACGCGGCGGGGGAAGUGCGGCGAGCUGUGGCAGCUGGUGCUGGGGGAGGUGGAGGGCAGGCUGGACCGGCUGGAGGCGGCACAGCAGGCGCAGCAGGCACCUGCCGCCGCCAACGGCGUCGGCGCCAAGAGAGGCCGCAAGGGCAGCGCGGCGGUCGGCACGGCGGCCGGCCCCUCGGCCGGUGCGGCAGGCGCAGAGGGGCUGGCGGCGGCUGCCAACAGCGCGGCACGGGGUGUGGCCCUGCUCAGCCAGCUCGUCGAGCACGGCCGGGGCUGCCGCGUGGAGAGCUACACCCCCCUGUUCAGGCUGGCCGCCCGCCUGGCGCGGCCCGAGUUUGUGGGCGGCGGCGGCGGCGGCGAGGCGGGCAGCCCGGCGGCCGGGGAGGCGGAGGGCGAGGCGCAGGCGGAGGCGCUGCCGUACGGCGCCAGCGCAGUGUGUGCCGACUUUCUGGAGCCGCCGCUGUCUGCCCAGGUGCUGCGCUUCCUGCUGGCGCUGACACUAGCCCACGCCAAGACGGCAGGCGCCAGCGAGGGCCCCGCCGCUAUCGGCAAAGCCGCGCCGCAGUGGGCGCCCGUGUUUGCCCGCGCGCCGCCAGCCCAGCUGCUGGCCUUCAUCCGCGCCGUCAUCACCCCGCCCGGCGGCUACGACCUGGCACGCAUCUUCGGGCAGCAGAUGCUGGGGACGCUGGGACGCUGCCUGCUGGCGGGGCAGCACCGCGAGCUGUGCUGGCCGCUACUUAUGGAUGUGUGCUGCACGCUGCGCCCCGGCGCCGCUGCGGGCAGCGCUGGGGUGCCAGUCAUCCUCACCGCAGCAGGGGUGGGCCCGCAGCUGGCGGCGCUGGUUCGCAGCACCGCACGCAUGGAGGCCGCUGUAGGCGGCCGCGGCGGCGGCGGCGGCGGGGAGGCGGCCGCGGCGGAGGCCUGGGCCGCGCUGGCCUGCCUGCCCCACGCUUCGGAGAACGCCACGCAGGCGGCGGUGUGCUGCGCCGCGCUGGCGGCCGCCACCGAGCCCGCUGCCGCUGCCGCUGGUGGUGGUGGUGCUGCUGCUGCUGCUGAGGAGGAGGAGGAGGAGCAGGAGAGGGCGCAGGAGGCUGGUGGCGUCGGCGGCGACGGCGCCACCACGCUCAUGCUGCACUGCCGGGCGCUGGCAGCCCAUGCGGAGCUCCUGGGCGGCGGCGGCGCCGAGGGCGGCGGCCAGGUGGUGCAGCAGCUGCUGCCGCGUGCACUGGCCCUGCUGGCCCGCCACCCGCGGAGCUUCCAUGCGGUGUCGGCAGCCGCGGGGGUGCUGCAGGCAGCGUCGGCAGCUGGCGCGCAGCUGGGAGAGCAGCAGCUGCAGCAGCUGGCGCCGCUGCUGGCGCCCAACCUGUCGGCCGCCAGCCAGCCGCUGCGGCGGGAGACGCUGCGCGCGCUGUGCUGCUUCCCCAUGCCCGCCAUGCUGGCGCCAGCCGGAUCAGAGGAUGCCGCCAGGGGUGUGCCCCAGCCCGCCUGCGACGCGCUGCAGCAGCUGCUGGCGCUCGAGAGCCGGCAGCGGGGGUCGGACGGCGGCAGGCCCGCCAUCGUGUCGCUGGGCCGCAUGCGCAACUACCUGGAGUACCGGCGGCUGCCCGACUGGAUGGUACCGCCCGUGGUACACGCCCUGCUGGGUGUGCUGCACAUCAGGUUUGCUGGGCUGUGGAACCCGGCGCACGAUGCCCUGGCCACCGCCCUAGACGCCUACCCCAAGGUCGCCUGGCCCCUCAUCCUCCGCCAGCUGGCGGCGGCGCAGGAGGCCUUCCUGGCUGGGGACUGCCAGGCUCGGCCCGCAGAGGCGGCCGCGGCAGCGCUGGCCGCCGCCGGCGGCGGUGCCGGCGCCUCCCAGCAGGCGCCGCGGGCGCUGGGGCCGCGCUUUGCGGCGGCGGCGGCCGGCGGGGAGGCGGCUGCGGUGGGCGGCAGCACCGACGCCGCGGUGCGGCUGGCGCACCUGCUCAAGGCCCUGGCAGCUGCCAACAAUAACGUGGUGGAAAGCAGGGCCCGCGACUGGGUGCCUCUCUUCCUCGCCUUCACCGCCGCCUCCCCCUCAGCCGACGAAGAGGGCCACAGCGGCGACGGCGCCGCAGGCAGCCCAGCCAGGGCUGCCGCAGGCGCGGAAGACGAGCAGGAGGAGGAGGAGGCGGAGGGGGAGGUGGAGGAUGGGGAGGGCGGCGACGAGCGGCAGAGGAGCGGCGGCGGCGGCGGCGGCGGCCUGGUGUCGGGGCGCCCGUACCGCGCCGCGCUGCGCGAGUGGCUGGCGAUGCUUGGGGGCCUGAAGGGCGCCCGCGGCAUGUUCCGCUGGGAGACGGUACAGAGGGCGGUGGCGGUGCAGCUGAUGGAUGUGGACCCAACCAUCCAGCAGGGGGCGCUCAAGUGCUUGAAGGUCUUCAAGCUCAAGUUCCUGCUGCCCUACCUCGACCGCCUGCUGCGCCUGGCCGACAACAAGACGCUGAGGGAGGAGCUGACCGCCUUCCCGCUGGCUGCCAGGGCCACGUCGCUGCGUGAGGACGAGGGCAAGCUGGCUCUGUUGGCGGAGCACCGCGCGGGCGUGGUGCCUCUGCUCAUCCGCCUGCUCUUCCCCAAGAUGCGCAAGCGCAGCGGCAGGCUGGGCGGCAAGGGUGCCCCCGGCUCCGCCCGCGCCGCCAUCCUCAACUUCCUGGCAGCCGCCGAGCCGGGCGAGCUGCGCCCGCUGCUGGAGCUGUUCCUGAUGCCCCUCUCCGCCGCCUUUGUGCGGCCCUCGGGAGAGGCAGGCGAGGCCCUGCUGCAGCAGCUGGUGGCGCAGGACGACCCGGAUGCACACAGGCUGAUAGAGGGCCCCUGGUGGGGCCGCUGCCUGGGGCGCCAGCCGGGCGCCUGGUGGCUGGCCCACGUCGACGCCGCCGCGCUGAACGGGGAGCCGCUGCGGCGGCGCAUCGGCUACCUCAACACGCUCGAGGACCUGCUGAAGCACCUGGGGCACCGCAUGCAGGUGUUCCUGCCGGAGCUGCUGGCCCUGGCUGUGUGCCUGCUGGAGGGCGGCGUGCAGCCCCUGCUGGUGGAGGCUGGCGCCGGGGACGAGGCCGGCGCGGAGGCGGCGGAGGGGGCCAGGGAGGUCCGAGGGCGCAGCCUGCGUCUGGUGGCCGCGGUGCUGGACCGCUUCCCGGCCAGCUGCGACUACGCCUUCCUCUGGCCGCGCCUGCUGGCGGCGGCGCAGCCGCUGCUGCCGCGCCUGGCGGCGGAGAGCGCGGCCGACAAGGCGCCGCCGCUGAUCGAGCUGACGGCUGCGCUGGCGGCCUCGCCACACCUGGUGCCGCUCCUGGCAGACGGCCGGACCAGCGCCGUGCCAGCGGCGGCCGGGGGCGGGCAGCCAGAGGCACCGGCGCCGGCGGCAGAGGUGGCGCCGUGCGCCGAGCCCUGGGCCGCGCAGCGGCGGCUGGGCAGCGGCCUGCUGGCGUGCUGCGUGGGCGCGCUGAGCGCGCCGCGCUGCUCGGAGCCGUCGCGGGUGGCCAUGCUGGGCGCCCUGGAAAGCCUCUUUGAUCUGGCGGACCCGCUGCCGCAGCAGGUGCUGGGCCCGCACAUGCCCGCCCUGCUGGCCGGGCUGCAGAGCAUCGUGGUGGCAGUGUGGCAGCAGGGCACCGGCGGCGGCCGGGCGGCGCGCGGGCGCAAGGCCCCGCAGCGGGGCAAGGCCGGCAGCGGCAAGCCUGCGGGGCCGCGCACUGCCACCGCCAGCCGCGCCCUGGCCAUUCUGGAGCUGGUGGGCGGCCGGGUAGCCUCCUGGGAGGCGGCGCAGCAGCUGACAGACGCUCUGCUGCCGCUGCUGCAACCGAGGGAGGGCGCGGGCGGGCGGCGGCGUCAGGGGAAGGGCGACGAGCAGCUGGUGGCACGCACGCUGGCGGUGCUGGGCGCGCUGUGGUCCCGCCUGCCUCCAGCCGAGCUGCACCAGCGCCUCGCGGCGCGCCAGCAGCUGGUGGCGGUGGCGGCGGCGCUGGCGCCGCUGGCAGGCAACCUGCAGGCUCGCGAUGCCAGGCUGGCGCUGUGUGCCGCCUUCACCGCGGUGGCGGGCAUGCUGGCUGAUCUGGCGGAGGCGGCGCGGCUGCUUGCUGACCUCAACGCUGUGUCUGCCAGCGAGAUUGAUGAGCUGGACUAUGGGCGGCGCAUGGCCGCCUACGCCGCCCUCACCCCCGCUGCCUGGCAGCCGCUGAGCCAGCGGCAGGCCGCGCCGCUGCUGCACACCUGCCUGCACGACCUGCGCAACGCGGACCAGGACGCCGAGGUCGACUUCCUGCUCAACGCCGCCCACAUCCAGCUGCACCGCCGCGCCAGGGCGCUGGCCCGCCUGGCCCGCCUGCUGCGCCGCGGCGGCGAGGCGCAGCAGCAGGCGCCGGCGGCGCUGGGCUUGGGCACGCUGGUGGGUGUGGUGCAGCCGCUGCUGCUGCAGAUGAUAGUGGAGGGGAAGGGCGGCGCGGCGGAGGAGGGCGGGCACGAGCAGAAGCAGGCGGAUCUGGACCGAGGCGCCAACGUGACGGAUGCGGCGGUGGUGGCGCUGGGCGUGGUGGCGGCGGCGCUGCCCUGGGUGCAGUACCAGCAGCUGCUGGGCCAGCACCUGCGCCUCGUCAAGAAGCACGCAGACGACGACGCGUGCAAGGCGAUAAUCCGCUCGGUGUGCGUCAUCAUCGACGCUUUCCACUUCCCGCUGCCCGCUGACGUGGAGGAGGAGGGGGCGGCUGAGCCUGCGCCAGCCGCGCAGCCUGCGGCAGCAGCGGUGGACGGGGAGGUGGCAGGCGAGCCAGCCGCAGAAGAGGAGGAGGAGGGCGAGGAGGAGAUGGCGGCGGCAGAGGCGGCGGCGGCAGCUGGCGAGGUGUACCGCAUGCUGUCGCAGCGUGUAGUGCCUGAGCUGCAGCGCAUCAUGGUGGACAAGGAGACGGUGCGGGCGCCCGUGGCGCUGGCAGUCGUCAAGGUCCUGAAGCUGCUGCCGGCGGCGGCCAUGCGCCUGCAGCUGCCCCGCACCCUGCAGAAGGUUGCCAACCUGCUGAAGCACCGCAUGCAGAGCUCCAGGUGUGGCCGAGCACACCUGUGUAGGGCCGGGCUUGGCGGCAGGAGCCGGCUGGGCGAGGCCAGCCACCCCAAGACCCGCACCAAGCUCUCCAUGCUGCUGCAGCACGCGGCGCGCGGCGUGCUGGCCAACCCCACAGGCGAGGGGCCGUGCCUGGUGCAGGGGCGUGUGGCGCGCAGGCCUGCAGCAGGCUCCACCCCCGAAGACAUCUGCAUGUUCUUCUUUGCCACCGCCGACGCGGGGCUGGCGGCGGAGGAGGCGGCGCGCGGCAAGGCCAAGGCCGCCGCCGGCGCCGCCAUGCCCACCGGCAAGGGCGAGGGCGAGGGGGAUGGCGGCAGCAGCGCGGCCACGGCGGCCAUGUACCAGCACCUGCUUGUGGAGUUUGCGCUGAGCCUGCUGCAGGGCGGGCUGCGCAAGGGGACCAUCAACCCGCGCAGCCCGGGCGCAGGCGAGCUUCUGGACCCUCUGCUGCCGCUGCUGGUGCGCGCGCUGCGCUCCCGCCACGCCCCCUCCGUCACCACCGCCCUCCAGGCCCUCAGCCUGCUGAUGCAGAGCCAGCUGCCCGGGCUGCAGAAGACGGCGGCAGAUGCGGGCAAGGCGGUGACGGAGCUGCUCAAGCGCUGCCCCCAGACCAGCCACCCCAUCGCCCAGGACUGCUUCAAGCUGCUGGGCGGCAUGCUGCGCCAGUGCGAGCGCUGGCAGCCCAGCACCGGCCAGCUGCGCUUCCUGGUGACCUGGGCUUUUGGGGACCUGGAGGAAAGCGCGGGCAGGCAGAACGCCUUCCACCUGCUCAAGGCCAUCCUGUCCCGCAAGCUGGUGCUGCCCGAGGUGUACGACCUCAUGGUGCGGGUGCAGGAGCUGAUGGUGCGCAGCCAGGCGGCGCCCGUGCGCUCCGCCUGCUCCUCCGCCCUGCUCCAGUUCCUGCUGGACUACCCGCUGGGUGAGCUGGCCGUACUGGCGGUACUGGUGGUGGUGGUGGUGCUGCUGCUGGUGCGAGAAGCGGCUGCAGGAGCACCUCCAGUUCCUUCUGGCCACCUGUCGUACGAGCACGCCAGCGGUCGGGAGGCGGCCCUGGACAUGCUCACAGUGGUGCUCACCAAGUUCCCGCAGCCGCUGGUGUCGCAGUGGGCGGAAAUGGUCUUCCUGCCGCUGGUGGCCCGACUGGUGAACGACCCAGACUCUCGCUGCCGCUCGCUGGUUGGCGCGGCGCUGGGGGUGGUGGCGCGGCGUGCGGGCACCCCGCAGCGCGACCGCCUGGCGCAGUACUGCGUGCGGUGGCUGGGCGGCGGCGACGCGCGGCUCAGCCGCGCGGCGGCACAGGCGCUGGGUGUGCUGGCGGAGGCGGAAGGGGCCGGCUUUGCGCGGCGCGUGCCCCCCCUGCUGCCGCCGCUGGCAAACCUGCUGGAGUCGCGGGCGGCGGCGGACGCGGCGGCGGCAGACGCGGCGGGCGAGGCGGCGGCGGGCGAAGCGGGCAGUGGCGGCGGCGGCGGCGGCGAGGCGCCUGCGGCGGCAGCGCCCGGCUGGCAGGAGGCUUACUACAGCCUGCUGCUGCUGCAGCGCCUGCUGGAGGGCUCGGCGGCGGCGCAGCUGGGAUGGGGUUCGGGCGCCGCUGCGCGCCGCUGCUGGGCCGCCGCGCAGCGCCUGCUGCUGCACCGGCACCAGUGGGUGCGCAAGGCGGCGGGCAGGCUGGUGGGCGGCGGCCUGGCGGCGCCCGCCGUGGGGCAGCCCUGGCUGGAGGCAGCGGGCAGCGGCGCGGCAGGCACGCUGGCGCUUUCUUUCUUCCGCCAGCUGGACUCGGAGGCCGCUGACGAGGCGCUGGCUGGGCAGGCGGUCAAGUGCCUCGUCUUCCUGGCAACACACAUGUACGAAGAUGAUGAGGCGGCAGGCAGGGUGCCGCCGCCGCUCAAGCUCGCCGGCCCGGCGGCCGCCGGGGCGGCGCAUGCGGGCGAGGCAGCGGGGGCAGGCGCGGCCGGCGGCGCAGCGGCGGUUGGCAGCAGCGGCGAGGAGGAGGAGGAAGGUGCAGGGGGGGAGGAGGAGGAGGCGGAGGAGGAUCAGGAUGACUGCACUGAAGCAGCAGCAGCAGCAGCCGACGGCAGCGGCAGCGACGGCGAGGAUGGCGAGGGCGCGGGGGCGGCUGGCGGCGAGGCGGCCGCGGCUGAGGAGGCGGCGGGCGGCGGGCUGAGCCUGCAGGGGCUGGUGCGCCGCAUGGCUCGCCUGGCGGACGACAAGACGUACGGGCGGCAGCUGCAGCGCGGCGUGGCCCUGCGCUUUGUGGCGGCGGCGGCGGCGCGGCUGGGGGCCGCCCGCGUGGCGCCCUACCUGCCGCUGCUCAUGCGCCCGCUGUACCGCAUCACGGAGCCAGGCGCCACCGGCAACCCGCCAGAGGUGGUGAGCCUGGCGGAGGAGGUGGUGGCGCACUUGCGGGGCCUGGCGGGCGCAGACGCCAUGCUGGCGGCCUACAACGCCGCACGCCAGUCGGUCCGACGGCAGCGCGGCGAGCGCAAGCGCAGGGAGGCGCUGCAGACGCUGGUGGACCCCGAGGCCGCCGCCAAGCGCAAGAUGCGCAAGCAGCAGCGCAAGGCGGCGGGCAAGCGCAAGCAGCUGGAUCACGUGCGGCGGCAGCGCUCGGCGGGGGUGGUGGUCAAGAACAAGCGGCUGCGCACAGAGGGCGGCGCAGACCGCGGCGGUGGCGGCGGUGGCGGGCGGGGGCGCAGGGGCUGA